CUGCGCCGCCGCCCCCCUCGGCCUCGGCCCGCCCGGCUCCGCCAGGUCCGGCAGGCCGUGGGCGGCUCGGGCUAGCGGGCCCGCCGGGCGGCGGGCGGAGGGGACCGGAGGAGCCGCCGCCGGACGCAGGUGAUGAGCCCCCCGUCCCUGCCGAGGGGCCCCCCAGGACAUGGCCUCCAAGUCGCUGCCCAGCCUGCUCGCCUUCCUGUGUGGCUCCACCGUGGGCUUCUUCCUCUGCUACCAGCUCCUGCACAUCUUCCUGGAGAAGCCGGCCGAAAUCCAGCCUUACAUUCUCCACAACGAUCCGCAUGCCAGGCACUCGGAGGACGCUGGCCACGGGCACCUCGAAGGCCAGAUGGACUUCAAUGCAGACACCAGCCAGCACAGAGAUGAGGACAAGCAUAUGGCCGAGGAGCUCUACCACAAGGUCAGGGUGCUGUGCUGGGUCAUGACGGGGCCCCAGAACCUCGAGAAGAAGGCGCGGCACGUCAAGGCCACGUGGGGCCGGCGCUGCAACAAGAUCCUGUUCAUGAGCUCGGAGGAGAACAAGGACUUCCCCACGGUGGGGCUGGACACCAGGGAGGGCCGCGACCAGCUCUACUGGAAGACCAUCCGGGCCUUCCACUAUGUGCACGAGCAUCACCUGGACGAGGCCGACUGGUUCAUGAAGGCGGACGACGACACCUACGUGGUCCUGGACAAUCUGCGCUGGCUGCUGUCCCGGCACGACCCCGCCGCGCCCGUCUACUUCGGGCGGCGCUUCAAGCCCUACGUGAAGCAGGGCUACAUGAGCGGGGGCGCGGGCUACGUGCUCAGCAAGGAGGCCCUCCGCAGGUUCGUGCGGGCCUUCCAGACCAACAAGUGCUCCCACAGCUCCUCCGUGGAGGACCUGGCGCUCGGCAAGUGCAUGGAGGCCAUCGGUGUGGAGGCCGGGGACUCGCGGGACCCCAGCGGCAAGGAGACCUUCCACCCCUUUGUGCCGGAGCACCACCUCAUCAAGGGCUACCUGCCCAAGACCUUCUGGUACUGGAACUACAACUACUACCCACCCGUGGAGAUACCAGCCCGUGUCCCCUGGGGCGUCAGCCAAGCAGACGAGCGAGGCCAACAAAAGGGCAGAGCCCCCAGCAGAAGUUGGGAAGCCGGUCAAGGGGGAGCCCUCUUGAGCAGGAGGGGGCCAUGUGGGGCCUCUGCGCCCCAGCAGCAGGCGGUCAGGGUGGUGCAGGGACAAGCCUGGCAGGAGUGCUUUUCAAAUGGACGUGCCGCCUUCUGCAGGAAGCAGGGACAGCGGCUGGGGAGUCUGCCCGACUGUUGGCACAGGGACAGCUGGCAGACGGAUGGGCGGGUGGACGGAGAGAUGAAGGAUUCGUCUUCUCCGGACUAAGCGCCCCUGUUUGUUGGCUGCUGGGAGACCGCCCGGUAGAAGAGUUUGCUUUUGCCCCCAACUCCUCCGUCCCGUAGCCAUCACGGAGGGGGGUCAGCAGCCAGGCUCCUGGUGCACUCUGGGAAGCAGCAGGUCUGGCCAGGGCAGGGGGGCUUCUGUUCUGAUCCAACCGACCUUACCCAGAAGAGACCCGCACGCCCUGAGCUUGGCUCUGCUUGAUUCGGUGACGUGGGGGCUGUGUAGACCUCAGCAUCUCCAUGCCUAGCGCAGACCUAACUGGCCAACUCCAGAGGAAGGUGCCCAGAAUGCCCGCUCCAGGACCCAGCAGAAGACGCCUCCCCUCUACUGGCCUGGCGUGGCACAGAUGCUCACUCGGUCCACACCUCUCCUGCCCACUGUUCAUCCCUAGCCCCACAGACCUGGCUGGGCCCUGGGUCUGUCCACAUUCUCCCACGGGCCUAGCUUGGUCUUCUCUGAGUGCCCCUCUCCCGUGUUUCCUUGUGUCCUAGUGGACCCUUCAGUGGCCUGCCAAGAGUGUGUCUGGUCCUUCGGCAGGAGCCAGCCUUCGUCCACGCAGGCUCUGGGGCAGGGGCUGCCAUCAUGCUCCUUCCCCCAGGGAGCCAGGAGGCUCCUGGGCCUAGCUUCCCUGCCCCCACCACUUUUGGGUGGCCAUAAAAUGUGCAGGAUGCUCCGCCCAGCCUGGGAGCACUGCUGGCCCCACCCUCCAGGUGAUGGGUCCCCAGGAUCAGAGCCAGGUGUCUUCUGGGCUCCUCUUUACAGACAUCCUCAGAGCUCAGAGAUUAUUGGUGAUGGAAAUGGGAUGGAGAGAGAUGGGGCCUCUCCCGGCUUGGAUUAUAAGUGGGCAGCGGCCCAUGGGGUCCAGCAGGGAGUCCGGGCGAGCUGUUUCUUCAGAGGCCUCACCCUGCGGCUGAUGACUCAUCCAAAGUGGAGAGCAGAGCAUCGUGGGAGGCCGGCUCUCCGGGGGACCAGCAAGUGGCCGAGAACAAGGCGAGGCGGUAUUUCUGUUCCUCUUGAUGUGGAAGCUCCCCUGUGGAUGGCUGGGACCCUCAGCCAGAGCCCCCAUGCGAGCAUGACUGCAUUUCCAGUUCAAGCCCUGGGCCCAGCGUUAUUCUUGUUGGUUUAAACCCUUCCCUUUCCUGUUGUGCCCCCAAGCUCAUGGAUGGGGCGUUUUACCAUCAAGCUUCUGCUGGGCGCAGGGCACUGCCCCUAGUCCUGGGGGGGGCUUCUCAAGGGCCUGCCUCCACGGCCUGCCAUUGGGGCCCUGCGGACAGUGGCAAUCAUGGCAUCCUGGGAAGGAGGAGGCGGGGCCGGGGGGCUCCAGGAGUUUUCUCACAGGCCCCCAGAAGCAGGCGCUUGCUCUUGCCCCCAUGGGCAUGCCGGAUCCCAGAGGAAACAGCUCUUGGGCCUCUUUGUCCUGCCUCUUCCACUGCCUGGCCCCUGCUGUGGGGCAGCCUCUUCAUCUUCAGCUUUCCCAGCACGUUCCCUGCUGCACGGGUUCAAGUCCAAGAAAGAUGGCAGACUCAGGCCUCCUGGCUCGGCCUCUUCUCCCGAGCCUGGCUCACUGGUGUCUGGCUGUGGGCAGCAGUUGAUGGGUGGCGGUCACCAGGCCCACCCCAGGAAGGGCGCCCAGUGCAGCCGCCCAGGGGAGGGGCUGGAGCCACAGGUUUCCUGCAGCCUAAAGUCUGCGCUUGGGGCUGCUCUGCCCUCUGUCCUAGGUGCCCGAAGGGGACACAAGGCUGCCCUUCCCUCCUGCUGGGGCUGAGGAUUCUUUGUAAACUCGCGUUUCUGAAGUGCCUUUUGGAUGUGAUGGUUUUUUGAAACCCGGGAAUUUAAACCAAGAAUUGCACAAAAAUAAAGACAAAUGCCCAUCUUCUGA